AUGUCCAACUUUGAUUUCACCGACCACUCGCACCGCCGUUACAAUCCACUCUCCGACACCUGGGUGUUGGUUUCUCCGCACCGUGCAAAGAGACCGUGGCAGGGUGCCCAGGAAGAGGAGACCAAGACUGACUCCCCUGAGUACGACGACAAGUGCUUUCUCUGUCCCCGCAACCGGCGUUCCACAGGGCCAUUCAAUCCAGAUUACAAGGAUACCUUUGUCUUCCCGAACGAUUACCCUGCGGUCAAGCUUGAUCAGCCGGAAUACCACUCUCCCGCUAGUGAGGACGAUGACUUAACCAAGCGCUUGUUCAAGACGCAGGGGGUCAGAGGAAAUGCGUACGUGAUCUGUUUCUCGCCGAAUCAUCGCCUUACCUUGCCUAGAAUGGACCUUCCAAGCAUUGAAAAAGUGGUGGAUUCCUGGCAGUCGCUCUACGUGAACAUGCAGGCGGAAAGCCGUGAACACAAGUCGUCACCUUACCAGUAUUUACAAAUCUUCGAGAACAAGGGUGCCCAGAUGGGCUGCUCAAACCCUCAUCCACACGGCCAGGCGUGGUGUCUUGAGGCGAUUCCUACCGAGGUGGACCACGAGCUCAAAUCAAUGGGGAAGUACUCGCGCGAACAUAAGGGCUGCAACAUGCUUGCGGACUAUGUCAAGUUGGAGUUGCAGAAGCGCGAGAGAGUUGUUUUAGAAAACGAUUCAUUCGUUGUGGUAGUGCCGUACUGGGCCGUCUGGCCGUUUGAGACCAUGGUUUUGUCCAAGGAGCACUUGAUCUCGUUGAAGCAGUUCGGCAGCAAACACAAGACGGAUCUCGCAGAUAUCAUCAAGAGAUUGACCACCAAGUACGAUAACUUGUUCAAAACGUCAUUCCCAUACUCCAUGGGUAUACACCAGGCACCGUUGAACUUCGCGGACGAUGAUCAGUCUUACUACUUUCACAUGCAUUUCUACCCACCGUUGUUGAGAUCGGCCACUGUGAGGAAGUUCCUUGUGGGGUACGAGUUGUUGGGUGAAGCCCAAAGAGACUUGACCCCAGAGCAGGCCGCAGACAGAUUGAGAGACUUGAGCGAAGUCCAUUACUUGGAGGUGUAG